GUUUUCUGGAAGGGAAAUGGCAGUGGGUUGGGCUUGGGGCGCGUAAACGACGUGUGUUCCUCAAAUGCCGUAACAAACAAAACUGCAAUGAAAUGAAUAAACUCUGAUCUCAUUGCCAAUCAAUCCGCUUUCCAUUCUCUUUCUCUAUAAAAGUUUCUCUCUAACUUCCUGAAUCGCCAUUUUUCCCCCUUCUAUCUCUCACACACAUCAAACAUCGAUCCUUGGAAGUGGAAGCUCCUGUAAUCUUCCUUUCAUGGCGUCGGAUAAAGGUCCGCCUUUGCCCAAGUUUGGUGAGUGGGAUGUAAAUGACCCUGCCUCAGCUGAAGGAUAUACUGUCAUAUUUAACAAGGCAAGAGAUGAGAAGAAGACCAAAAAUGAUGCUCCUACAAAAAUCACAUCCCCAAGAAAUGAUGCUGGGCGCAAGGACGAUGACUCUCAUCAGAAUCCUCCGAAGGUACAUGUUUUGAAUGAGGUGAAGUCUUCCUGUUAUUAGAUUAUUUUAUUAGCAUCUUUUUUUUCUCAAAUGAUGGGGAAAUUAAAAAAGAAAAAACUUUAUGGACAUUCUUAAUUUUCGCCUGUUAUUUUAGUUUUAGCAACUUUAGCUGGAUUUGGCGCAACUUUAACAAUUUUAGCUAGUUGACUACUUGACUGAAACUACUGAACUGAGUCAAAUAAGAUAUUGUUUUCCAAUAAUUUUCUUUUUCUAGUUUUUCUUCUUUGUCUCCCUCUCUCCUCCCCCCUCCUCCCAACGCUUGUAUCCUCCCGUUUCUCUCUCUUCUCACCAAGUGACCAGUUUGUAGAUCACAAAUAGGUGCUGAUUCUUGGGGCUAGGCAAAACAAAAUUCCUGCUACUGAAAGAACCAAUUUCUAAAUGGAUUUUAGGAGUAAUCAUGAUAGAAGAACACUAAACUUACGAUAUCAGGUUCUGUUGACCCAUUGAGUUCAUAUUGUGCAUGACUUGGUCUAACCCUCUGUUUGGAUAUUUAGUUGUGAAGGGGAAAUGAAGAGAAAUUAAGGAGGAGAAAUGAAGAGAAAAGAAUAGAAUAUAAAUUUAAUUACUUCAUACCCUUAUAAGUUAAAAAAGAGAAGCUUUGAAGGAUGAGGGUAUUUAAAUAUUUUAAAACAAUUAAUACUUAUUUCUCUCUAUUCCCCACCAAAUUAGAAGGAAAUGUU